AUGAAAGUGGUAUCGACCGUCUCCACCGUCCUCCUAUGGCUAUCGCCCCUGAGCGCAGCCAUAUUAGUCUCCAGUUCAGCUGAAGGUUUUGCCGCAGGGGUGACUGGCGGCGGCGAUGCCGAACCACAAAUUCCUAGCGAUAUUGCUCAGCUAAAGGAGUGGCUUACAGAUGAUACCCCGCGCGUCAUUGUCCUUGACAAGGAAUAUGACUUCACUGAGUCGGAAGGCACGACCUCUGGAACAGUUUGCGCUUCUUGGGGUUCCGGCGAUAAUUGCCAAAGGAUAAUCCAGGACGACUGUGGAGAUUCUCCCUCUUCACAAGAAACCUGGUACACUGCCGGAACGACAGGGAUUGAUGUUGGCCCAAACAAAUCAAUCCUCGGAGAUGGAGACAAGGGUAUAAUUAAAGGCAAAGGCUUGAGAUUCAGGGCUGGCGUGUCGAAUAUCAUCGUGCAGAACAUUCAGAUUUCUGACUUGAACCCCAAGUACGUAUGGGGUGGUGACGCUAUGUAUUUCGACGAGUCUGAUCUCAUCUGGAUUGACCAUGUUACCACGGCUCGCACCGGACGGCAGCACUACACGUUCGGAUUCGCGACGAACACUCGCAUUACUCUCUCGAACAACUUCAUCGACGGAGAAACCCCCUACUCGACCGGAUGCGAUGGAUACACCUACUGGGGCUUUGAGAUGGUCGGUGCCGCAGAUGAGAUUACAUUGCAGAACAACUAUAUCUACAUGACCUCCGGCCGCAGUCCAGCAUUGAGUGGGGGUACUCUAUUGCAUGCAGUGAACAAUGUUUGGGAUAAAAACAACGGACAUGCUCUGGAAGGCGGUGAUUCAAAUGCGAGGGGAAUCUUCGAGGGCAAUGUUUGGCAGAGUGUCACAACUGUCGUUGGCGAGUACAACGGCCGUCUUUUCGCUACCCCCGACUCAUCGUCCGCUAGUGAGUGCGAGUCUGCUCUUGGCCGUGUGUGUGAAGAGAAUAUCGUUUCAGACUUGUCCAGUAUCUCUUCCUAUACAGAUACUUCCUUCUUCUCGGACUUCUCAGCACUGACUAUUGCUCCCGCCACAUCUGCCAGCGAGGCGCUAUCUAGGGUUCCAAACAAUGCAGGCAUGGGCAAACUUUAA